UUUGCUUCUUUUGACUUCUUGCAAGGACGAAGCAACGCGCUUGGCGCGGGGUCGACAACCUGAGUCCCUUGUGGUUUCUUCUUGCACUUUUGGCGAUGUUCCCUCUGUUUAGGAGGGCCUUGAGCCGUUUUUCGGAUGGGGAAACAGAGGCCCAGAGAGGGGAGGUCCCCAAGGACCUCACACAGCAGCACAACGCCCAGGCCCAGCCCCAGGCCCAGGCCCAGGCCCAGGCCCAGGCCCAGGCCAGGGCCAGUACUCCGCUGCCACUAACCUCAAGAGUUCGCAGCUUUCAGCAAACUGUUGAAAGGCAGAACCACCAGGACAGGAUGCCUAAUUUUCAUGAUAAGUAUGGCACCCCAAUAUUACUGAGUGGAGCCACUUUCUGUCUUGCCAUUUGGGCAUACGCAGCAACUCAAAUUGGAAUCGAAUGGAACCCAUCUCCUGUUGGCAGAAUCGCCCCAAAAGAUUGGAGAAGCCAGUAAAGGAGAAAUGAUUCCCUGUCGUCAAAACUGGCGUCAUUCUGGAAUUUUCCAGAAUUAAUAUUCGAAGUAAAGGUAGUUUGUUAUCAAGUGUCACGUGGCAUUAUUAAUGUAAUAAAAUGCAUUUGAAAUCUU